AUGUCGUCCAAGAAACAGACCUCGUUCGAGCCUCUGGACCCCACACCGCUUCGCCCCGACGGCCGGCGCGUGGCCUACUUCUAUGAUCAUGAUGUCGGAAACUACCACUUCACCCUCGGCCACCCUAUGAAGCCCCAUCGCAUCCGUAUGGCCCACAAUUUGGUUGUCAACUACGGCUUGGCCGAUAGUGAUGAUGAGAUGGAGGGGCUGGAAGAGGAGGGAUCGCGGCAGCUCAAUGGGGAGUUGGGGAUGGUGGGUGAAGAGGGCAAGUGGAAUACUGCUGGACUGAGAGGGGCGAGAGGUAGGGGGGUGCAGAUACUACGGCCACAGCGCGCGACCAAGAUGGAUAUGACCAAAUUCCACACCGACGAGUAUAUUCAGCUAUUGAAAGAUGUCAUGCCUGAGAAUGCAGAUGCCCUUACUGGUAAUGGUACCAGAUGUUUGGUUGGAAGCGAUUGUCCUGCGGUAGAGGGUAUCUUUGAGUUUGCCUCGAUUUCGGCUGGAGGAUCUAUUGCUGCUGCAGAAAGAUUGAACAGCGGAGCAGCCGACAUCGCCAUCAACUGGCCCGGUGGUCUGCACCACGCUAAAAAGUCCGAGGCAAGCGGUUUCUGUUUCGUGAACGACAUUGUGCUGGGGAUAUUGGAGCUUCUAAGAUUCAACUCGAGGGUGUUAUACAUCGAUAUUGAUGUGCAUCAUGGCGAUGGCGUUGAAGAAGCUUUCUAUACCACGGAUAGAGUCAUGACCUGCUCUUUUCAUCUCUACGGAAAUUUCUUUCCUGGUACUGGUCAAGUGAAGGACGUCGGUUUGAACAAAGGCAAGAAUUAUGCUGUCAACGUACCCCUUCGAGAAGGCAUUACGGAUGAAGGAUUCCAAUCUAUUUUCAAGCCGGUCAUUGGCCGGAUCAUGGAACACUAUCGGCCAGGCGCUGUGGUGUUGCAAGGUGGAGCAGAUAGUCUGUCAGGGGACAAGUUGGGAAAGCUCAACCUGACCUUGGCUGGACACUCUGAAUGCGCAAGAUUCUUGAAGACCUUCGGUGUUCCGCUUAUGAUGCUUGGAGGUGGAGGAUAUACGACUAAGAAUGUUGCUAGAGCGUGGGCGAAAGAGACGGCGGUCGCUUUAGGAAAGGAGCUAGCCGAGGACCUGCCAAACAACCAGUAUAUGGAGUACUACGGACCGCGGUACAAGAUGGAAGUGCUGGCCUCAAAUGCCGACAACUACAACACCCCGGAAUAUCUUGAUGAGAUAAAACAGCAGAUAUUCCAACAUCUCAAGGAUCUACCAUUCGCCCCUAGUGCACAGAUGAAAUGUACACCAAGUAUCCCCGUGGCUAGAGCAAUUGGGUUGAGGAAAGAGUGGGACGUGGAAGAGCCCGAGGAUCAACUCGACCAGCGACUGAAAAAACUUCUCGCGCAAAGGAACCUUGAUGGCCUCUAUUCUCGCGAUUCGGGAGACGAAUCAGACGAUCUCAUCCCAAGAACAUCCCGUAGCAAACGACAAGGAGUCAGCCGACCCUCCAGGUCAUCUACUACCGUCAACGGCCGCAGAAAGCGCUAUUACGAAGAUGCUGCAUUUGAGGACGUGACAGAGGACCCUUGUGGGGUCUCAAGCAGAAAGGCGAAUGGUAGUCAAGACAGGAGGGCACUUGCUGGCAGGGACGUCGAGUGGCCCACACCACCUGGAACGGCAUCCAACUCGCGAGAUGGGCGCAAAGGAAAUCUUGCCGGUACAAGGCUUGCUAGUCAACGUCCUACACCGGAAAGCGAUGACGAGAAUGAUAAUGAGGACCAUGAGAGAGGCACUCCCCCCAAGAAGGAGCGUGUCGGGAAGAGGAGCUUCUUUGCCGCUGCCAGGUUUGGCGCUGGAGCAAGCACAAGACCGAGUGUAUCAUCGGUUGUAUCUGAGUGGCGGUAA